AUGCCUACAUUGUACACUUAUAUUACGACUUCUUUGACUUUUACUGUAACUUAUAGUUGCAGCUUGAUUUCGUUAUUUAUGCCAGAGUGGUUACGUUUUGAAAGUCCAAGACCAUAUAAAACUAUAACGAAUUAUGGUCUGUUUCAGAAAUGUUCAACCUUAAAUGAUGUAAAAUGUAGAGAUUUUCCUUCAAUAGAUUAUGGAGAUUGCGAAGAAGAAAGAUUCUGUGAAGAAUGGAAUACAGCUAGAAAUGCUAUGAUAUUCGCCGCCGUGAUUGGUGGUCUUACUUUAAUUUAUUGUAUUAUUGUGUUAUUAAGUGGUGGUUCUCAUCAUAAACAUGCUUGGAAAGUUUUU